AGACGAAUUAGAUAGUUUUCAAGUAGCUGAAUUAGAAUGCCGUCUAGGCGUAAUGAAAUCUUUAUACAAAGACUUCGAUGACUUGCAGACGCAGUUGGAGCUGUUGUCGGAGAAUGCAGACGAUAUGUACCAGGAGCGCGAGGCCUUCGAGACUCAGUACUUCACGCAAAUGUCGCGCGCGCGUGCCCUGCUCCCUCCAGACGUGUCGCGUGCCAGCUCUCCGGCACCGAACCCUGGUGCCAGCUCAACGCACCACGACACGCUCCACGCUUCUGGCUGCAAACAUGACUUCGUACGCCUGCCAAAGAUUGACCUACCCCACUUCAACGGCGACUAUCAGCACUGGCUUGAAUUUCGAGAUACGUACAUUUCAAUAAUUCACGAUAAUAACAGCAUACAAUCAAUCAAUAAAUUCCAUUAUUUGCGUGCUGCUUUAACUGGCAGUCAUCAUUAGUAAUAAAAAGUAUUGACUUUAAGGCCGACAACUAUACUAUAGCAUGGCAGUUAUUGUUAGACCGCUACAAUAAUGAAAGGUUGCUUGUCAAUAAUCACGUGCAAGCAUUAUUUAAUUUUCCUGCUAUACAAAAAGAAUCCUGUGAAAUUCAUUACGAAAUAUGAUAGAUAAUAUAAAUAAAAAUUUAAGAGCGCUUGACACUCUCGGACAGCCUACAGCACAUUGGGAUACAUUAAUCAUCUAUAUAAUGUCUAAAAAAUUGAAUAAUGUGACCAACCGAGAGUGGGAAGAACAUAAAAACAAUUUAAAUCAUUUUCCAAACUUAAAGAACUACACUAAAUAUUUAUCUAAUAGAGCUGAUUUACUCGAGACCUUACAUGAUAAUAAAACUUUAAAUAAUAAUUAUAUAAAUACUAAAACUUACGAAAGUAACAAAAACACAAACUAUCUAACGAACACACAUUUUAAACCAGAAAAAAUCGCAUCAUGUCCUAUGUGCUCUCAAAACCAUCUUUUAUUUAAUUGUCAAUCAUUUAGAAAUCUUAAUGUUGAUUCCAGAAUCAAAAAAGCUUCAGAAAGUAAUGUGUGUAUGAACUGCCUUCGUCCUGGUCAUACCGACAAACGUUGUAAACUUUCACAUUGCAAGUAUUGCAAAUCAAAACACAACACACUCUUACACAGGGAAUCUCAAAUAGAUCUCAAACCAAAAGACAAUAUUGCAUUAUCUACUAAUAUUAUUACAAAUACAAAAGGAAAAAAUAAACAGGCUCUUAUAAUAUUAUCCACAGCUAUGGCAAGGGUGACAGAUGUCAACGGUAGGCUUCAUUCCGCCAGACUUCUUCUCGAUAACGGCAGCACUUCCAACUUCAUCACUCAGGAUCUGUGCCGUAAGCUCGGUCUGAACACACGAAGCACUAUCUCUUCAGUCUCAGACGCUUCCGAACGUGCUUAUGGUGCUUGUAUUUACGUAAGGACAAUCGCAGUCGAUGGGACGGUUUGUGUUCGUCUUUUGGCCUCUAAAAACAAGGUUGCUCCCAUUAAAACAACCACUAUUCCACGUUUGGAGUUAUGUGGUGCUUUGUUGGGUACACGUCUCUAUUUGAAGGUAUGCAAUUCACUUACCAACGUCUUCAGUCAUUGUUUGUUUUGGUGCGAUUCCACAAUAGUGUUAGGAUGGCUUUCCACACAACCAAGUAAUCUUAAUCAGUUUGUUCAAAAUAGAGUUAAUGAGAUUCAGGAAUGUACACUUGACCAGACGUGGCGUUAUGUACCUUCUAGAAGCAACCCUGCAGACUUAGCUUCUCGGGGGGUGAAGGCUGAUUGUAUCAGCGCGUCCACUCUUUGGUGGUCAGGUCCUCAAUUCCUCCAUGAGAGAACCAUACAUUUUCCUCCUUCUCCAAAUACACCACAAACAUUACCUGAAACUUCACUUCACACAGUUACACAUUGUAAUAGUAAAAGCAUUAACGUACUUUCAGAUUUAAUUCAUAAAAUGUCUUCAUUUACAAAAUUGAAUAGAGUUUUUGCAUAUAUCUUAAGAUUUAUUUACAAUUGUCGUAGUCCCAAUAAUAAAAAUAAAUCCUAUAUAACGAGUAACGAAUUAAUUUCAGCUUAUAACAGAAUUAUAUAUAUUUCUCAGCAGGAAAUGUUCCCUGAGGAAUAUAAUCAUCUUAAGCAUAAUCAAAUACUCCCUAAAAAGAAUCGUCUUAUAAGUCUUAGUCCAUUUAUUGAUUCUAAUAACCUUAUUCGCGUCGGUGGACGCCUUCAAAACUCUAACUAUAGUUACGACGUAAAGCAUCCAGUCUUAUUAUGUAGUAAACAUCAUUUAACUAAAAUAUUAUUUCUUAAAUAUCAUAAAUCACUGUUUCAUGCUGGUCCUCAGCUUCUUCUUGCCAAUGUAAGGCUCACAUACUGGCCUCUUGGAGGUAGAAACCUAGCUAAGCAAACUGUACGUAAUUGUGUUCGUUGCACGCGCUUUAAAGCUCAACCUAUUCAAGUCGUCAUGAGCAACUAACCCAGCGAGAGAACACAACUACAAUUUCCCUUUUUGAAUACAGGUUUAGAUUACGCUGGGCCAGUGCUGAUAGCCGACCGGAAGGGCAGAGGAUGUAAAUUAAUUAAAUCUUAUAUUUGCGUCUUUGUAUGUUUUGCAGUUAGAGCCGUGCAUCUAGAGCUAGUCUCAGACCUCACUAAAGAGGCCUUUCUAGCAGCCUUUAAUCGCUUUAUUAGUCGACGUGGUAAGCCUCAGCGGGUAUUCUCCGACAACGGCACUACUUUUGUGGGAGCUUUUAAUGAGCUUUCAGGUCUUCUACAAGUUUCAUCCAAUUCUAUUUCCAAUGACAUUGCAAACGAAGGUAUAGAAUUUAAAUUUAUUCCUGCAUACAGUCCGCAUUUUGGCGGUUUAUGGGAAGCAGCUGUUAAAUCCAUUAAAACUUUAUUACGUAGAGUCAUGAGCUUAACUCAUCUUACUUAUGAAGAGCUUUCAACCUCUCUCAUUCAAAUAAAGGCAAUUCUUAAAUCUAGACCUUUAACACCUCACUCCACCGAUCCUAGUGACCUAUCUUAUUUAUCUCCCGCUCACUUCUUAAUCGGACGACCGCUCACUACUGUUCCUC